CGGCCGUACUUAAGAAUAAUCAUCCACUAGACAUAUAAAAGAUCAAAGAAAUACAAAAAAAAGGAGAAGGUGGACAUCUUUAAAUCGAGUUUAGAGACGUAAAAUAAGGGGUCUGGGGCUCUCUGUCUCUUUAUUUCCCAAACAAGUCAAGAACGUCAUAAAUACCGAACAUCCCCGUUAUGUUUGAGAAACUCGCGUUAACGAGAAAUGAACACUAGUGAAUGUAUCAAAAAUUCCACGUACGAAGAGACACGCACGGAUUUGGAUAUAGUUUUAUUAAAAAAUAUAUCGAAAGUGAUGCGUUUCUACUAGAAAACGAUGCAUUUAUAGAGUGUAGCAAGUGAUAAUUCGCGAGCUAUAAUACCAAAUCGGACAAUUAACGAUUUCGUAUAAGUAUUUGCAUAGUGCUAUAAAUAGAAUGAGCCUACGGUGACAGGAAUUAGAGUGGGGGAUAAGGUUAGUGCCCAUUGGCUAUACUAAUGCGUACGAGGCGUUCAUUGGCUAAUAUUUUAUAGUGGGUGGGGACUGCGCAGAAUCGUUGCACAUAUCUCGACUCGGCAGUCUACUGUCGUUUGCUGUCCAAGGAUUUCGAGAUCGUCUCGAAGCCGUAAAGAGCAUUUCUCCUUUUUACAGCGUAAUUUUCGUACAGCCAUAAUUUACUGGCAGUAAUAUAUCGGAGCGUUUUAUUUAUAAUGACGGUUCGGCAAGACUAGUUGGUAGAUAGAGGGACAAGCAGAGACUUUAUUUUAUAAUUAAUCUUCAAGUUUGCAAGAGACCCAAGCCCCACGUUUUCCGUAUUUUGCCCGUUACAUUACUCGAGAAGUCCAUUUCUCAUAUUUUCAUUCUAUAAUAUCGAUAUGAGGGCAACCGUCAAGAUGGCGGUACGGGGUGACCUGCACGCGUAAAUGGACGUUUUUGUGUCUCUUUGCAGAUAUUACCGGUAUGCUAUUCAUCUAGAAGCACGAAAAAGUAUUAGCACGCCGUGGAUAAAUCGUACCGCAGUUAAAAAUGCCGCGCAUAGAUCCCCUUUCAUUGCUGAAAUGCCUCAGCGUUCUACUGGGUCCAAGCGGUGGGAUAAAAAGUAAAGAAGAGGUCCACAGGCUGGCCAACCUCAUGACUAAAUUCUCCAAGAAGCUUGUUUCCAAGUGCAUUUACAUCCAGAUUCUCAAAACGACCAAUACUGAACUCCUGGGCCAAUUCAUGGGUGCGGGUGGCUGGAAUCUCGUUCAUAUGUGGCUGACUGAUGGAAUCCUAGCUAAGAAUUGGGCGCUUAUUCAAGAACUGUUAGAACUCUUGUUAUUGUGUCCCGUGGAUAUUGAACGAUUAAAGAGUAACAACUGCCCGAAAUUGAUAAAAGGUCUUUCUAAGGAAGGCAGUCAUCAGGGUGUCCGUUGUCUAGCAAGUCGCUUGGUAGAGCAAUGGUUGAAGAUCGUGAAAGGUGAAGCCGCCCCAAAUUCGGUUCCUGCUCAAAUACUGACUGUAUCUGGUCAACCGGUGACGACGCAGGUCCAAUUUCCAAUCGCGAGCAUCACUCAGGAUAAUCAGGAAUUGACCUUCUCCACGAUAGAGAAGCCAGUGACGAAUAAUGUGCCCGCGAAGAAAUCAUUCGUCGUCGUUUCGUCUGCCUCGACGCCAACAGUACCUGUUUACAAAAUAACAAUAAGAGACGGCAAGCAGGUAUUGGCCAAAGUCGAGACAGACGCCGCGAAUAUAAAUAGUGUUUUAAAGAAAGAACCAGAGACUAAUGGUGAUGUUGCCGAGGAGAAUGUAAUCGCCGAGGACGAGGAAGUAGAAGAACACGAGGAAAUUGAACAAAGGAUACCGGAAAUACAACUCAAGGCCGAGCCUACAGAAAGUACAGGGAAGCCAGAUAAAACAGAAGAGGAGGAAGAAACGAAAUUGGAAGUAACGGAAGGUGGUAAAUCCAGUGAUAAGGAGAACAGAGAGCAACAGAAGAAGGAUGAGAAGAAGAGUGCUAGCACUGACAAGAGAAGCCAUCAUUCCUCCUCCAAAUCUUCAUCCUCCACAUCGUCAUCCAAACACGGUUCUUCGCAUCGUUCCGAUUCGCACCGUUCCCACAGAAAAAGUUCCAGUUCCAGUUCCAAGUCCAAGGAACGAGACAGGGACAGGCAUCAUUCCUCAUCUAAGCACAGUUCCAGUUCCAGCUCCAAGAAUAGGUCUGAACGGGAUCGUGAAAGAGAGAAAGAGAAGGAGAAACAGAAGAAGGACCAGGCCGAGAAGGACAAGGCAACCUUGGAGAAGGUUCAAGGCCAAGCCUUGAAAAUGGGAAAGAUCCCAAAGAAGCGACCAGAGGACGAGUCCUCGUCCUCCUCGUCGCGAAAGUCUUCCACAGAUUCGCGGGACAGCUCAAAGGAGAACAAGGCGGACCCGAAGAAGGUACCCGAGAAGAAGAAUAUCUCGAUGUCCAUUGAGAGUCGUAAGAAUUCUCAGGACUCUACGAGGCCCAAGACUGUCAAGACCUUCAACUCGAAGUUUAGGUCUACUGGACUUGAGGAGGAGGCCAAACCGCCACCGCCUAGGAUUGCCAAGAAGCCUGCUCAAAAUCUGGACAAAAAACCAGCGGUUCCUGUGAAACCGUCGGGAUUGAAGAGGCCGUCGCCGCCGAGGGAACAACCUGUUCCUGAGAAAAAGGCACGACUCUCCCUGGAUUCGCCUGGCGAUGAGAAACGCGGCGGUAUCAAGCUCAUUCCACCAAAACCAAAACCGAUGGUCCUCCAAGAAAGCGAUAUGUUCAUGGAUGCGCUAACGGCCUCGACCAAGAGCAAGGAGACCCGAAAGAGGAAACGAAGGACCUCCAUCUCUAAGGAUGGCUCUACCGAACCGAAGAAAGUUGAAAAUAACGCGGACGGUUCGCGCGACACCACGCCGCCACCGACGUCUCCUUCGAGCGCCGAUGAAAAAUCGCCAGUAUCCCUAAAACCUAAUUUCAAGUUCUAUCAGGACACCUUGGAGACUGAUGAGGAUAAGGAGGAGAAAGAAAAGGAGAAGACUGAAGAUGACUCCAAGAUGGAAAGGGAUGAGGAAUCUGAUGAUCAGAAGAGCAAGGAGGUCAUUGAGGAGGAUGAGAGAAGUAGCACACCCACGCCAGAUGACGAAUCUGAAGAAGCUAAAGCUUUAAAUUCACCGGAAGAGGCGGACGACUCGUUAUCGUCCAAGAAAGAAAGUACCAGUCCUAAUCCGGAAAUAAGAUACGUGGAUGGUCUUAGAAGCGUGCUUUUACUUCAGAAGAGGAAAGGUCCCAAGAAGAGUCUCAAGUGGAAAACCGAAUUGGAAUCGAUCCGAUACUUUGAAUUGGACGAAACCGAACGCGUGAAUGUAACUAAGACUUUUACGGAUAUGAAGCAAAUGGAGAAGCAGAAUGAACGCGAAGCCUUCCAAAUGGCACGGAAAUUGAGUACCGAAGAUCUUAUGGAAGAAAAAACAACCUGGAAGCCAUUGAUACCAAUCGACCUGUCACCUGCACUGGUAGAACCUGGCAAGGACAGUCGAGAAAAGGAUAUCCAAUAUGCUCGUGAAAAAGGAAUACUUCAAGCUUUGUACUUUAAUCGAAGCAUGAUUCCUGACUCGGCAGCGGAGCCGGACGAAGAACGGCAUCCUGUGAUAACAGAUCCAAAAGUAAUUCCGCUGGACGAUUUAACGGGGAAUAAGGAAAGCGAGAAAGACUUCACGGCGAUGACCUGGCCCGAGCCGAAACCCCAACUGGCACCUGCGGCGCCACCAAUGACAAACUUCCAUUAUCAGGGCUUCCCACAUGGUCAGCAACCAAUGAUGCCUCAAGGUGUAAUAGGACCUAUGGGUCCUAUAGGUCAGAUGCCUCAGCCGAUGAUGGGACCAGGACCAAUGGGUCAGAUGCCUGCUCCAGAUAUGGGACCCAUGGCAGGAGGUGGAGGUGGUGGUGGUGGAUGGCGAACAGGAGAUGGCAAGGUUGUUGUACCUGACGUCAGUAUGAAUCCUAUGGCCGGUGCGAUGCCCACAUUCCCACAAGCUGGACCUGAAGGUCCCAUGGGUCCUCCAGGAAUGAUGGGACCUCCCAUCUUUGGACAGCAAGAUGGCUUUGGAAUGAUGGGUCCUGAGGAAAUGGGAUUCAAUAAUAUGCCUACUGGCUUCCAAGGACCUCCAGCUAUGUUUGGACCAGGUCUGGGGCCAAACUUCCAAGGGCCUCGAGGAGCCGGGCCUAUGGGCAACAGAGGCAGAGGUGGUCCCGGGCCUGGCUGGUAUCGUGGUGGACGUGGCGGAUGGAGAGGAGGUGGUGGCUGGCGUGGUAACGGAAAACAACCGCAAGUUUGCAGACAGUUUUCAAAAAAUGGCUACUGUCGAGUCGGUGACAAGUGUCAGUAUUUACAUCCGGGUGUUAACUGUCCACCAUUUUGAGAGCCUUUAGAGUUAAGAACAGAAUAAGGACCUCCACGGGACAGGGAUGAACCUACCACUCCCAAGAUAGACGGGACUCGGUUUCGGAACAUGAUUGGUGAUUAAAAAUCGUUGUUUUCCGGAACCCGCAAUACCGAAGAGUUCAAAAAAAUGGCCGACUGCCCGAAAACGGCGCCGUGUUCACGGCCUUAGGGUUAUAAGCACCUGUACAUUCUUUGUAUAUAUAAACACUGUAACAUUUCUUGUAAAGAUAGAAGAAAGAGACUGUUUUCCUUAGAUUUUUUUUAAAGAGAUAUAACGCGCGAAGGACCUAUGUAUGUGUAUACACGUGUAUAUUACUACGAAUAGUAGAACAAGUAAAACGUGAUAAACUGGCGCCAAUCAAAUUCUCAUCGUAAUGAAGUUGUAUUAAGCAGGUUUUUUACUACCAUCUAGAGAAUAAGGGUAGCGGUUAUUUUCAUUUUGUACAUGGUUGGAUAUCUCGUUACGUUUGUAUAUAAAUAUCAAUUGUUACAUAAGUGCUGCUUAAGAGAAAUACAUACGAGUUACGAUUAUUUUUAAAAACAA